UGGUGCAAGUAAUUACACAGUAAUUGUAGUAAUUCUUUGGUGAAUGUGCAAAACAGUCUGUGUUCAAAACAUCAGUUUAUAUUCGCAGUGGUUGCUGCAUUAAAGAUAAUCUCCUUCGAACAGUUUCUACUCGAUGAAAUUCAGUAAUUUGGUCGUAAUUGUGGAGUAAGUGAAUUUUAAUGGGUGAAAAGUCGUGGAAAACAUCAUUUUCCCAAGAAUAACCGCUAAGAAAAGUUGUUGGUCAAGCUAUUAUCUAUAAGUUACAUCGAUGCUCUGCACUUUGCUCUUGUGUUGAAAGCCUCUGGGAUUAAGUGGACUUUACCCUCCAACUCGACAAUUUAUUACCGAAAGCUGCUCAGUCCCCUUCAGUCCUAUUUAGAUUGUCAACGAGAGUAAGAUUUUAAAGCAAUGGCAUCACUAGUUAAAGGAUCGUUCAUUGUGGGUGCCAAGAGGACAGUGUUUGGAACCUAUGGGGGCAAGUUGAAGAAUGUUUCGAUCACUGAUUUGCAAACGGUGGCGGCUAAAGCCGCCCUGGCCUCGGGCAAUGUGAAGCCCGAAGCUGUAGACUCUGUCAUUGUUGGAAUCGUUGGAUCAAACUCCGCGGCUGACGGCGGGUAUCUUUCCCGGCAUGUGGCUCUGAAAAGUGGAGUGCCAAUAGAAAAACCCGCCUAUGCGAUCAACCGACUCUGCGGCUCUGGAUUCCAGUCCAUAGUCAAUGGAGUACAGGACAUCGAAAUUGGAUUUUCCCAAAUCGCCUUGACUGGCGGCGUCGAAAACAUGUCCGCCUACCCUCACGUGAUUAGGGGCUUGAGGUACGGCCUGCCUCUGGGGCAAAGCCCCGCUUUGGAGGACUCCCUUUGGGUCGGACUGACCGACUCUUACUGCAACCUGCCCAUGGCCCUGACCGCUGAGAAAUUGGGCGCUCAAUACAACAUCACCAAAGAUCAGGUGGACGAGUUCGCUUUAAGGUCGCAAAGACUAUGGAAGGAGGCCCAAGACGCCGGUCGAUUCAAAGAAGAACUGGUUGCGGUGCCAGUGAAAAUCAAGAAGGAUAUUGUUAAUGUUGAAGUGGAUGAGCAUCCAAAGCCCCAAACAACGCUGGAGGGCCUGAGGAAGUUGCCCACCAUUUUCAAGAAGGACGGCCUGGUCACUGCUGGAACAGCUUCGGGGAUUGCUGAUGGGGCUGGAGCGGUCAUAGUGGCCAAUGAGCAAGCCAUUGCUCAACACGGGCUGAAGCCGUUGGCUCGAGUGGUUGCAUACUCUGUGGUCGGAGUCGACCCGACCAUAAUGGGCAUUGGACCGGCCCCUGCCAUUAAGGCCGUCCUGAAAGUAACAGGAAAGACUCUGAACGACAUCGACUUAGUUGAGAUCAAUGAAGCCUUUGCUGCGCAAACAUUGGCCUGUGCCAAAGAGCUCGACUUGGACAUCAACAAGCUGAAUGUAAAUGGUGGGGCCACCGCUAUCGGCCAUCCUUUGGGGGCUUCGGGCAGUCGAAUUAUCUCGCACCUUGUCUACGAAUUGAGGAGGAGGAAAGCCAAAUUUGGAAUUGGGUCCGCCUGCAUUGGAGGUGGUCAGGGGAUCGCCAUUCUCAUCGAAUCCUUGUAGGUUUUUCGGAGUUUGGGACUGGAUGGCGGCAUGACCGCAUGCAAAACUUUAUUGGGACUGAGGUUGAUCAGAAACCCCAGUGCUGAUGACUGAUGGUUCGAAUUAAGUGGUCAAUAAUUAGUUUUAUUAAGCAGAAAACUUUAUAUUCUUUAUAAAUUGUGGCCUUAUUAGGUCUAUAUAUUGAAUGGCCCUAUGUUUAGGACUACGUCGUUUUUAAAUGUAUUUUUAUACUUGAAAAUAAAAUUGUUUAUUGUA